CCGGACAAGCCUGUAUCUGAUUUCUCUGUCGUGGGGGCUUUGCCUCACUCUGUCCCUCUGGUCAGAUCGCUCUUUGUCUGUACUAGUAGAGGAUGAAUUAUGUGCCCUGUGUGGCUGCAUUUGAACUAUGUAAAGCGCCUUUGAACGCGAAAUUGAUCAUGAAAAGGGCGCUAUAUAAAUCUGGUAUAAUAAUAAUAGGGAUGGGAACGAAUAUUCGGAUAUUCGAAAAUCGGCCGAAUAUUCGAAUACGAAAAUCAAAUUCCAAUAUUCGUAAGGUAGUGUAUAUUAAGUAUAGUUUAUUUGGGGCAAUAUAAGCAUGCUAGUUUUUCAGAAUAAAACGGUUUGUUCUGUCGUGUUUGUUUAUCAUAUAUCAAAAGAUGUCCAAUUAACGAGAAAAAUGCAAUGCAUAAUUGGCAGGGGCUACUGUUACGGAUUAAUAAUUUGCAACAGGUGUAAAUGUGAUGCAUGUCAAAAAUGGUCCAGUUAACAAGAAAAUUGCAAUGCAUAAUUGACAGGGGUCAUCGUUACAGAUUAACAGUUUGCACCAGGCGUAAAUGUGAUAUCUUUUAUCUUUUGUUCAUUUUUAUUGGCGCCUGUUUUAUGUAACAAAUUUUAGAUUUUUUUUCGAAAACAAUACCAACGUUAAGUUUGUCGGCUUUUUACAUGCCGAUUGAAAAUUUUCAAAAUGGCAGUGGUAAUACAACAGCGCGACACGUGCUUAAAUUGGACGACCUGCUAUUUCUAGAUAAAGUUGCGACGGUCUAAAUUUUAAUCGAUUUGAAUGUUUCUUCUAAAAGUCUGAAUUCGUUAAAUAUGCUCAUGAUUAUACUCACAGAAUCGUGAAAUAAAACACUAGGGUCGGGGAUCUAACUAGGUAGGGUCGGUUUACCUGAAACAAUCAUUUUUAGGCCUUAUUACGUACGAUGAUUCCAAACAUGCCGAAUAUUCGAAUAUGGCAAACCGAAUAUUCGAAUAUUGAUUUCAGUAUUCGUUCCCAUCCUUAAAUAAUAAUAAUAAACAUUUUGACUAAGUUUCAUGAAGAUAAGGUCAUAAACGUGGCCCCUAGAGUGUUAUCAAGCUUUUCCUUUGAUUUGACCAGAUGACCUAGUUUUUGACCCCACAUGACCCAGAUUCAAACAUGACCUACAGGUCAUCAAGACAAACACUCUGAGCAUUUCUCAUGAGUUUCAAACUUAAAUUGUGGUCUCUAGAGUGUUAACAAGAUUUUCUUUUGAUCUGGCCUAGUGACCUAAUUUUUGACCCCACAUGACCCAGAACUUGUCCUAGAGAAUAUCAAGACAAACAUUCUGACCAAAUUUCAUAAAGAUUGGAUCAAAAAUGUGGUCUCUAGAGUGUUAUCAAGGCAAAUGUUGACGCACGACUGACAACGUACGACGACGGAUGCCAGACAAUGACCGGUCACAAUAGCUCAGCUAAAAACGAUGACCGCGUUGGGAAUCGAACCUGGACCGCCGCGGCAAUAAACAAAGGAAACAAACAAAACAAUACAGGACGCGAAUAAGUACAGAUAGGUACAAGGUACUACGCUGAAUUAAGUUUUACUGCACCUUGCAACUUGCCCAGCACACGGACGGAUCUGCGGUAAACUAUACUGAACUAUGCUUAAGUACAAGCAGCCUCGGGUUACUACGUUCAGCUACAGCGAGACUAGUAAAGAAGAGGUGGAAGCAGAAUCUCGAGACACAAGCAUGGAGCACGAAGAUGCUGAGACUUCUAAAGAGAAGGCUGGUGAUAAAUCUGAAGAGGAGAGUGAGGAUAAGGAGGAAGAAGAGUCAGAUGAUGAACCACAAGUUGGCCUUUUAGAAAAGCCACUUAUAUUAGAGGAGGGUAAGAAAAGAGAGAGAAAAAAAGUAGAGAGAAUAUCAUUUCAGUCGGAAGAAAAGGCACAUGAAGGCUUGGAAAUCAAAGAAGGAAAGGGCAGGUCCCUAGGAGAUAUACCAUUUAUUGAAUUCAAAUUAGGAAGGACAAAAGCAGAAGACUGUAAGCCUCUACACCGCUUGCUUUACCGCAGACAGGGGUCUGUAUGUAUAUUUUUAAUUUUAUUAUGCCCCCCUUCGAAGAAGGAGGGGUAUAUUGUUUUGCAGAUGUCGGUCGGUCGGAAUGUAGACCAAUCCGUUUCCGGAUGAUAACUCAAGAACGCUUGGGCCUAGGAUCAUGAAAGUUAAUAGGAAGGUUGGUCAUCACCAGCAGAUGACCCCUAUUGAUUUUGAGGUCUGUAUGUCAAAGGUCAAGGUCACAGUGACCCUGAAUAGUAAAACGGUUUCCGGAUGAUAACUCAAGAACACUUGGGCCUAGGAUCAUGAAAGUUGAUAGUGAGGUUGGUAAUGACCAGCAG